AUGAAUAAUUCUUCUGAUGUUAUAUAUUUAACUCUGGAAGGCCAUGUGGAGCUGGAGAAAUACAGAUAUGUUUAUUUUGUAAUGGUUCUCACAAUUUACCUCUUGAUUAUUUCCUUUAAUAGUCUUGUCAUUUUUGUCAUAUUCACAAACAAAUGUCUCCAUGAGCCUAUGUACAUUUUCAUUGUUGCUUUGCUCUGUAAUGCUCUCUUUGGAACAACUGCUCUUUAUCCUAAACUUCUGACUGAUAUUUUGUCUGAAAUUCAAGUUGUUUCUUUUGAAUCCUGUAUAUUUCAGUCAUUUUGCAUAUACACAUAUGGUGCAUCAGAGUUCACCCUGUUAUCAGCUAUGGCCUAUGACAGAUAUGUGUCCAUCUGUAAACCAUUACAUUAUUCAACACUUGUGAAAAUGUCCACUGUUAAAAAGCUUUUAUUUUGCUGUUGGUUUCUUCCUUCCUGUGAAAUCGGCAUUUGUGCAAUUUUAACAUAUCAACGUAAGCUUUGUAAAUUCAAAUUAAAUAGAAUAUACUGUAAUAAUAGUUCAAUGAUUAGGCUGGGUUGUGGAGACUUUACUGUAAGUAAUUCAUUCGGAUUGUUUGUUUUAAGCAUUGCUGUGUUUCCUCCAUUGAUGUUUGUCCUUUUCUCAUAUAUGAGAAUCCUUUCAGUCUGUCUAAAGAAUCCAAAGGAUUUCAGAAAAAAAGCUCUACAAACCUGCUUCCCACAUAUUUUAAUUUUCAUUAUUUUCUCAGUCACAACAUGUUUUGAAAUUAUAAACACUAGAUUAGAAGAAAAUAUGCCUCACAUUUUCAGUAUGAUCAUGUCAUUGGAAAAUCUGGUUAUUCCCCCUCUAUUAAAUCCCAUUAUAUAUGGACUGAAACUGAAGGAUAUUCUGAGUAGAAUUAAGAAAAUGGUGUGCAAAAGUAAGACACAUGUAUGCCAGAAAGUUAUUGAACACUAA